AUGACUCAAGUAAAACCACCACUCACCAUCAAACAAAAUGAAGAUAUUCAUGGACAGAUUUUGACAAGAUGUCACUUGAAAAACUGCAACAUUACCAGUUCUCAUCUCAUUGAUUGCAUUGUGGAAGAGAAAAGCAAUGUCUAUGGAGGGUAUUCUACUGGCUGUGUUUUCGAUCAUUGUGCAGUUACCAAUGCCAAUCUUAACGCAUGUAAAUUGAAAAACAAAUCAAGCGUUCAAAGCUGCAGUUUUACGAGCUGCCAACUGGAGCAAUGUCAUACUGCUGGCGGUGCUUUUACAUGCUGCAAUGUGAUGGCCGGAUGUGAAGUAUUCCAUACAGGAACUGCUGUUUCAAGUUACUUUUCUGUGCCAAUUUUUGGAAGUGGUGCCAAUAACAAUCCUAGUGCAGAGCCUUUGCCACUGUUUGAAAAACAAUGUUCGAAUCAUGUUUCAAAAUGA